UCACUUUUCAAAAACUCUCUCUCUCUCUUAGAAAUAAUAGGCUUGAAUUUCCCCCGAGGAGAUGAUACAUCCUUCUAUGCUGAUUCAUUUUAGCUCUCAAAUCAGCCUCCACAAAAGCAAAAAGUAACACAAAAGCAAUUUACAUUGUAAUUUUAUAUGUGCAGCUUUCAUUGAUCUGAGCUUGACCUAUUUGAGAACUCCACAAGUUAGUACUACUAGGGUUGGUUUUAGUUUUCCGUUUUUCUCAUCCUUUUUUCUCUUUUAUCUUUUUUUUUAUAAUUCAUUCUUGAUAGGGUUCUUUUUCUUUCUUUCCAGUAUAUAUUAGGUGGUUUUUUAGAUACUAAGUGAGUUUAGUUGUUAGUUUGAGGCGUUUUAAUAUAUAGCGAAUUUGAGAAGUGGUGAAAAUGAGCUUGAGUAUGGCAGAGGAUGAAUCAACUUCAAAAAUCCAACUUCCUGCAGAUAUAGAUUGGAAAAUGCUUGACAAAUCCAAGUUUUUUUUCUUAGGUGCUGCGCUAUUUUCUGGUAUCUCGGGCACACUGUAUCCGAUUGUAGUGUUGAAAACGCGGCAGCAAGUUAUGAGUAAGCACAUACCAUGUCUAAAAAUGGCAGUAUCCAUGUUGCGGAAUGAAGGGUACAGAGGAUUUUACAGGGGAUUUGGUACUUCCCUCACGGGGACCAUUCCUGCACGUGCCCUUUAUAUGGGCGUGCUUGAAAUGACCAAAAGCAAUGUUGGAACUGUUACUACUAAGUUGGGAUUGGCCGAGGCAUCUUCCUCGGCCAUUGCCAAUGCAGCUGCUGGUCUUAGCGCUGCAUUGGCGGCCCAAUUUGUGUGGACCCCGGUUGAUGUUGUGAGUCAGAGAUUAAUGGUACAAGGAAAUGGAAAUUCUAGCUGUGGUGUUGUUGGAUUGAAGUAUUAUAAUGGUGGGAUCGACGCGUGUAGAAAGAUAAUUGGUAGUGAUGGUUUGAGGGGAUUGUAUAGAGGAUUUGGUAUUUCAAUACUGACUUAUGCACCUUCAAAUGCAGUUUGGUGGGGUUCAUACUCUAUUGCUCAUAGAGUGAUUUGGGGUUCUAUUGGUGGCUAUUUUUGCAAAAAAGACGAUGAGUAUAGUUAUACGCAGCCAAAGGGGAAGGCUAUGGUGGCAGUUCAAGGGUUGAGUGCAGCAUUGGCUAGUGGAAUAUCUGCAUUAGUGACAAUGCCACUUGACACAGUGAAGACAAGAUUGCAAGUGUUAGAUGAUCAAGAAUGGUGUUGUAGGAGAAGACCAACAAUUAUAGAGACAGUGAGGAAUUUAGUGAAGGAAGGUGGAUUAGGUGCAUGUUAUAGAGGAUUAGGUCCAAGAUGGGCAUCAAUGUCUAUGUCUGCAAUAACUAUGAUCACUACUUAUGAGUUCCUCAAGAGGUUAUCCACCAAGAAUCAAGAGAGCUUUGUUUGAUGAAAUCUUGCAUACAAACAGCAAAGAAACUAAACAGGGAAAGGGGAGAAAAUGUUGUUCUAUAUGUUCAAUCCUUUUGCAGCUUUCUUUUUUGUUAUCUUUUGACUAAAUUGUAGUAUAACACAGUGUAGAUUUUGUAAAGAAAAAUGUAGCAAUAUUUAGUAAAUAUU